AUGAAGCAAGCAGCUUUUUGGAAUACUCUGGAAUAUACCUGCCGACUUUUGGGAAUCUCCACUGGAGCAGGUAAGAAGCACUGUUGGUGUGAUUUUCUGCCCUGCGUUUCUGACAUGGAUACCACUCUGGUUUCUGAAAUUCAUUCUUACUUUAUUUUCUUAUACAGGCGUACUACUUUUGACACCAGAAACCUUCCCAAGAUUACAAAAUGAAUUAAAGUAAACCUAUAAGCAAUAAAUUUGGGCAGUGUACAUAUAGAUCCACAGUUCUUUUCCUGAGAGUCCGUCCCUUUGAACAAAUAGAAUUUAAAUGACAUAAUCCAUAUACUGUAUGUUUAAAGACCAAUGGCACUGAUUUAACAGCAUCUUUCUUAUUGGUGUACAUGAUGAAAGGCCACUAAUCUGCCGAUUAUCUGUUUCUCUCCCUCUUUUUUUACCCCUGGCCAAAUGUAUCCUUUGUGUCAAUUUCUCAGUUAAUGUGAAUUCCCAAAUGGAAUUCACCACUUUGUUCCUCCUGGUUUUUGCUUGUGGCAGAUGAAAAUUUGAUCUGACUUGGAUCCCCGCGCCAACCCCAGUUUAAAUGGGUUUCACAAAAUACAGUACGAGAGCCUGCCCCAGGUGAGGAUGAUGGAGGUGUGCACGGAUGAACUAGAUUAGUUGUCUGAGUUUUGAAGACCCGACAGGAUGCCCAUCUUUUAACUAGCACUAUCCUGAAGUUUUUGCUGGUAACUCUCUGUGGUGAAUUCAUGGGUGGUUGAGGGUAGGGGGGAGAAACCAAUCUGUUUUCAAAGCAAAGGCGAAUGUGGGCAGAGGUGGCGAACCAUCCUUAAGAACAACAACUUUUGCAGAAAGUUGCUGUGCUGCUUCAAGCUGACUGAGAUAUGUUGCAGUGGGCAGGAACAUGACAACCUGGCUGGUCUCCAACUAUCUGCGCCUGUUCUUUCCUGCUCGAGGUUGUAGAAUCACAGAAUUGUAAAAUUGAAAGGGACACCAAGGUCCUCUAGUCGAGUCUCCUGUAAUGCAGGAAUCACUGCUAAAGAAUCCCUGAGAGAUGGCCAUGCAACCUCUACAAUUUUUUUUUUUUUUUUUUUUUAGCUUAACAGCACCUCUGUUCUUCAGUACUGCACCAGGGUAGAUGCUUUCUUCCAUCGUUCUCUCCUGAUGUAAGGAAUUAUGUACACAUAACAUGCAAUCGGGACGCGGGUGGCGCUGUGGUCUAAACCACUGAGCCUUGGACUUGCUGAUCGGAAGGUCGGCGGUUUGAAUCCCUGCGACGGGGUGAGCUCCCAUUGCUCGGUCCCAGCUCCUGCCAACCUAGCAGUUUGAAAGCACAUCAAAAGUGCAAGUAGAUAAAUAGGUACCACCCUGGCGGGAAGGUAAACAGUGUUUCCGUGUGCUGCUCUGGUUUCGCCAGAAGCGGCUUAGUCAUGCUGGCCAAUGACCCGGAAGCUGUACGCUGGCUCCCUCAGCCAGUAAAGUGAGAUGAGCGCUGCAACCCCAGAGUCGGUCACGACUGGACCUAAUGGUCAGGGGUCCCUUUACCUUUACCUUUAACAUGCAGUCGGGACGUAGGUGGCGCUGUGGUGUAAACCAAUGAGCCUUGGGCUUGCCUAUCAGAAGGUCGGCGGUUUGAAUCCCUGCGACGGGGUGAGCUCCUGUUGCUCGGUCCCAGCUCCUGCCAACCUAGCAGUUCGAAAGCACGUCAAAAGUGCAAGUAGAUAAAUAGGUACCACCCGGGCAGGAAGGUAAACAGCGUUUCCCUAUGCUGCUCUGGUUUUGCCAGAAUCGGCUUAGUUAUGCUGGCCACAUGACCCGGAAAAACUGUCUGUGGACAAACGUCGGCUCCCUCGGCCAGUAAAGUGAGAUGAGUUCCGCAACCUCAGAUUCGUUUGUGACUGGACUUAACUGUCAGGGGUCCUUUACCUUUUUUAACAUGCAAUCAGUGCUUUUUUUUCCUUAAAAAAAUUGUUUAGGGGUACUCUCAUUUUCCUACACAUAUUGAAAUACUGCCUCUCAAUGAGGCCAAACUUAGAUUCACAAAAUGUUUAGGGCUAUGCGUACCCCUGUGUACCCCCAGAAAAAAAGCACUGCAUGCAAUUAAGCAGACAGAUAUGAGACUCUUGUACAGGGGGUCAGGCUGGGGGGUCUGUAUGAAGAAUUCAGAGGAUAGCCAUCUUCAAAGAUGCUUGUAGGGUUUUUCUGCCUCAGGUGCCAAAACAGCUCAAUCCAGCCUUGGUACCCUGGAACUAGACUUGGUGGGAGUGGCCUGCGUUGCUUUGCCUCAGGCAGCAAAAUGCCUUGGGCACUGCCGGGCUGCUCUUUCCUGCCCAGCAACCACAAGUCGGGGAAAGGACUGCACCGUGCGGCAAAUACUUCAGAUCACUGGAGUCAUUACUAGGUCACUAUCUAACAGGGUAAAUUCCCCCCCUAUCUUGCUCAAAUAAUAGUCAUGAGUGGAAUCUUGAGUUCUAUCCUUGCAGCAGUAUUAUUUAAAACAAACGAACAAGAAAGCAUUCGGCAAAGCUGAAUAGAUGUAAGCAAUGCAAGUAAGCAAACAAACUGCAGUUCGUUAAAUUAGUCUGUAGUUUUCCAGCUCAAAAGUGUUUUCACUGGACUUUUCAGAAGGUGCAUGGAAAUUCGUUAGCAAUAGGAAAGAUUCCAUAGGGGAGCACCUAAAUCGUGUGCCAUGCAGGCAUAAGCUAUGCAGAUUCAGUCACCAGUAUUUCCACCUCAAGAGAUGAACUCACACAGGUGUGUUGGGAGGAACUCCUACAGAAACACUGCAGAGUGCUGUAGUUACUGCUAGUUCGUGUAGACAUUUAUAUGCUAUGAAGACAGUGCUGCAUUUACAUAUAAGCUAAAUAAGCUAUAGCUUAGGGCCCCACUCUCUUGGGGGCCCCCAAAAAAAUUAAAGGAAAAAAAAUCUGGAUGUACAUUUCCAAAAUAUAAGAUAAAAAACAAAUAAAAUAAAACCUACAUACAGCAACAGUGUUUUGUGUUGUGUAGGCUCCUAUGAUGUAAGUCAUGGGCCCCGCCUGCUAGCCUGCUCCCUAAAAUAUCACUGGUUUGCUCAUUUCUAUAUAUAGGGUGCCUACAUUCUGCAUGUGCCAAUGGCUUUAGGUACCUAUUAGGUCCAUAAAUUACCAUAUAGCAUAUAUUCAACACAAAAAACAGUGACAAUCUGUUGUUGACAAAGGACAGCUGGACAUAUAAAGUGCCCCAUUACCUUCAGUAGCUUAAAGGUAAAGGUAAAGGUACCCCUGCCCGUACGGGCCAGUCUUGACAGACUCUAGGGUUGUGCACCCAUCUCACUCAAGAGGCCGGGGGCCAGCGCUGUCCGGAGACACUUCCGGGUCACGUGGCCAGCAUGACAAAGCCGCAUCUGGCGAGCCAGCGUAGCACACGGAAACGCCGUUUACCUUCCCGCCAGUAAGCGGUCCCUAUUUAUCUACUUGCACCCGGGGGUGCUUUCGAACUGCUAGGUUGGCAGGCGCUGGGACCGAACAACGGGAGCGCACCCCGCCGCGGGGAUUCGAACUGCUGACCUUUCGAUCGGCAAGCCCUAGGUGCUGAGGCUUUUACCCACAGCGCCACCCGCGUCCCCCUUCAGUAGCUUAGGGCGUCAUAUAUGCUACAUGAUAAUUUAUGGACCUACAGUGGUACCUCGGGUUACAUAUGCUUCAGGUUACAUAUGCUUCAGGUUACAGACUCCGCUAACCCAGAAAUAGUACCUCGGGAUAAGAACUUUGCUUCAGGAUAAGAACAGAAAUCGCAUGGCGGCGGCGUGGCGGCAGCAGGAGGCCCCAUUAGCUAAAGUGGUGCUUCAGGUUAAGAACAGUUUCAGGUUAAGAACGGACCUCCGGAACGAAUUAAGUACUUAACCUGAGGUACCACUGUAAUAGGUAUCUAAAGCCAUUUGCAGAUAACAAAAUAUGUAUUUUAUCAAAGUAAUUGUUGAACUGUGAUAUUUUAGGGAGCAGGCUAGCAGGCGGGGCCCAUGACUUACAUCAUAGGAGCCUACACUACACAAAACACUGUUGCUAUAUGUAGAUUUAUUUUAUUUGUUUUUUAUCUUAUAUUUUGGAAAUAUACACCCAGUUUUUUCCUUUAAAUUUUUUUUGGGGCCCCCAAGAGAUUGGAGCCCUAAGCUAUAGCUUGUUUAGCUUAUACGUAAUUCCGGCACUGCGUGGAGCUUAUCCAACAGAAUUUUUCAGGUUCCCAUUUUCCUCUUGCCAGUUCCACUAAAAAUAUGAAAGGUUAUCACAUUAUAUGCGUGACUACAUGUAGAAUUUUUAUGUGUUAAAUACUCCUGGUUUCCUAAAGUAACCAGUGCACAUAACUGUAAAAAAACACUUAUGCAAAUAUGCUGCAAAAAUAUUGACUCUUUUGUACGCAUUAUACAUAUAUUAUGUGUAAUAUUUUGCAUAUCAUUAGUUGGACUGGUUAAGGGAAAACAACAACUUUAUUUGACCACGAACCAGUAGCUCAGACAUAAGCAGGCACUCAGUACGAGAGAUGGACUCAUUUAGGCAAACUUGAUAGGGUUGGAAGCGCCAAAUUCUGCAUAUAAAUUCCAUUUAAUUCCAUUCCUGUGGAGGGGUAUCUUUGUAAAAACAAAUGGAGGCACCUGCAUAAUUAGCUAUUGUUCCUUAGUGCAUAUCCACUGCAAAUUUGCAGACACGAGAAAAGGAAACGCACAAUGUUGCCAUCUUUACACUGGCAUUUGCCACGGUACACAAACUAGCAAAUGUUUCUGCCCUAUAAUGUGUGAUUUGUUGCCGCUUUGGCUUGCUGAGUAAUUGGAAUGCGCCGGUUUCUCUCACCGACACACGGAGCCGUUUCACUGUAUGGCUAGUUGAGACCAGUCUUGGUUUAGGGAUUAAACACUGAAUGAAAGGAAAGGAGAUCGGAAUGGAAUGUUCCAGGCGUCACAAUUCAGAUCCCUGGGAAGGGGUAAUGCUUUCCUUCUGAACCAGGUCUACCCAAGCCAAAGCUCAUUACAGCGCCUAAUUCCUCUGAGCCUUUUCGGUGGCAUGAAUGCUGUAGUUACUGCCAUUCAUGGACAUACACGCUUGGUAUUCUCUCUCUAUCUGGGCUUCUCCAGACUUCCUCUUGUCCCACUGUUUUCCCCUGAUGAAACCUGCUCUUCAACGCACAAUCAGAGCAAACGGCAAUUUGAGUUUGAAGCCUAAUCAUAGAAUCGUAGAGUUGGAAGAAACCCCAAGGGAUUCUGCAAUGCAGGAACCUGGACUAAAUCAUUCAUGACAGAUGGCCAUCCAACCUCUGCUUAAAAACCUCCAAGGAAGGAGACUCCAUGACCUCCUGAGAGAGACCAUUCCAUUGCCUAACAGCUCUUACUGUCAGAAAGUUCUUGCCGAUGUUUAGUUGGAAUCUCCUUCUUGUAACUUGAAGCCAUCGGUUCAGGUCCUACGCUCCAGAGCAGGAGAAAACAAGCUUGCUCCAUCUUCCAUGUCACAGCCCUUAAAGAUAUUUGAAGAUGUCUAUGAUCAUAUCCGGGACGCGGGUGGUGCUGUGGGUUAAACCACAGAGCCUAGGACUUGCCAAUCAGAAGGUCAGCGGUUCGAAUCCCCGCAACGGAGUGAGCUCCUGUUGCUUGGUCCCAGCUCCUGCCAACCUAGCAGUUUGAAAACACGUCAAAGUGCAAGUAGAUAAAUAGGUACCGCUCCGGUGGGAAGGUAAACGGCGUUUCCGUGCGCUGCUCUGGUUCGCCAGAAGCGGCUUAGUCAUGCUGGCCACAUGACCCGGAAGCUGUACGCCGGCUCCCUCGGUCAAUAAAGCGAGAUGAGCGCCACAACCCCAGAGUUGGUCACGACUGGACCUAAUUGUCAGGGGUCCCUUUACCUUUUAUGAUCAUAUCUCCUCUCAGUACCCUCUAAACACCCAUGGCUAAACACACCCAUCUCCCUCAACCGUUCCUCAUAAGGCUUGGUUUCCAGACCCUUGAUCAUCUUGGUCACCCUCCUCUGCACACAUGCCAGCUUGUUAACAUCCUUCUUAAAUUGUGGUGCCCAGAAUUGGACGCAGUAUUCCAGGUGUGGUGUGACCAAGGCAGAAAUCAGAGUAGUCCUAUUACCAGGUUUUUGUUGAUACAGCCCAGUGGAUAGCCCUAUCCUUUACUGGAACAUCCUUCCAGACAUUCUUAUCAAAAAGCUGAUGGAACUAGACCUAUCUUCUACCAUCUGUCACUGGAUUAAAGACUUUCUGAGGGAUCGGACACAAACAGUGAGGAUUGGGCCUGUUACAUCUACCUCCCUGAAGCUCAGCACUGGCACCCCACAGGGAUGUGUGCUGAGUCCCUACCUGUACUUGUUGUAUACAUAUGACUGUAUUUCAUCUGAUCCAUCUACUGCAAUGAUUAAGUUUGCAGAUACUACCAUAAUGGGUCUAAUUACAGGUGGAGAUGAAUCAGCGUACAGGGGGGAGGUUCAAAAAGUAUCUACAUGGUGCCUAGAGAAUAACUUGCACCUAAAUAUUACCAAGACAAAGGAGAUGGUGUUGGACUUUUGGAGGAAGAGAGCGGAACUAGCCCCAUUGUAUAUUGGGGGGGGGGAGGGUUGUGUGGAGAGAGUCUCUUCCUUUAAAUUCCUGGGCAUUUACCUUAGUGAAGACCUCACUCGGAAAAACAAUAUAACUCAGGUGCUUAGGAAGGCCCAACAGAGACUCCAUUUCCUCAGGGUCUUGCGAAAGAACAAUGUUAAACAACAGUUGAUGACCUCCCUCUACCGGUCCACAAUAGAGAGUGUCCUCUCAUAUUGUAUCACAGUGUGGUACGUUGGCUUGACAGCCACAGACAGAAAGUCUUUACAGAGGGUGGUGAACACAGCACAUGAUAUCAUGGGCUGACGUCUGAUGGGAGGGCGUUCCACAGGAUGGGCACCACUACCGAGAAGGCCCUCUGCCUGGUUCUCUGUAACUCCACUUCUCGCAGUGCGGGAACUGCCAGAAGGACCUUGGCGCUGGACCUCAGUGUCCGGGCUCGAUGAUGGACAUAGAGAUGCUCCUUCAGGUAUACUGGGCUGAGGCCAUUUAGGGCUUUAAAGGUCAUCACCAACACUUUGAAUUGUGCUCGGAAACGUACUGGGAGCCAAUGUAGGUCUUUCAGGAUAAGUUAUAUGGUCUCGGUGGCCAUUCCCAGUCACCAGUCUAGCUGCCACAUUCUAGUUUAGUUGUUGUUUCCAGGUCAAAGAUCCCAGAUUGUACUGGUCCCGGGGGGAGGUUACUGUGAGGCGUGGUCAGAGUUCGGUCCUGGGUCAAGGGUCUGGAGACUGUCCACCAAGGGUGAAGCAGGGUCCAAAGCGAGAAGCCGGGCGUGGUCAGGAACUCUGGGAGAACAGGUCUGGGUGCUGGCAGAAACAGGUUUCCAACGACGUUGCUCCCACCACCUGGGACUGGGCUGACUGGCCUUUAUCUCCUCUGAGGCCAGGGGCGGUCCCAGCCCACAGGUGACCCGCCUCUCCUGGCCUUAAGGCGAGCACUCAUCCUCAGAGAACUUAGUUCCCUCCGCCUCUCUGCCCUGAGCCUCUGCAGCUCAGGAGAGACUGGAGGGCUACUGGACCCAGGAGCAGCUUCACCUUCCCCUGACAGGGCUGGGAGAGGCACACCUGCAGGCAAUGAGCCCUCAAUCACCUCCGGAGACAGAGUGGAUACAUCUGGUGUCUGCUCCUGAGGAUCCGGCACAGGUGCAGGCGCUUCAGAUUCAAGGCCCUGCCCCGGCUCAGCCGGCCCUGAAGGCGGGGACUCCUGUGCAGGCUGGGACUCCUCAGGUGCAGCUUCUGAAUCAGACUCCCAGGUCAUCACACAGAUUCACAAGAUCUCAUGCAUGCCAAAAAAUCUUGCUAAAAUCUUGAGAGCUCACUGAAAUAUUGUGGGGUCAUAUGUGCUCCGCAAGAUUUUGAUGGAAACCACCACUGGCAAGGCAGGAUUGGCUGCCCCUCUGGGGGGGGUGUGAUGGCCUGGGAAUCUGAUUCAGAGGCUGAACCGGAGGAAUCCCAGCCUGCACAGGAGUCCCCGCCUCCAGGGCCGGCUGAACUGGGGCAGGGCCUUGAUUGUGAAUCCACUCUGGCUCCGGAGGUGGUUGACGACUCAGUGCCUACAGGUGAGUCUCCCCCUGGGUCCAGUAACCCUUCAGCCUCUCCUGAACUGCAGAGGCUCAGGGCAGAGAGGCGAAGGGAACUGGUUUCUCCCAGGAGGAGUGCUCACCUUAAGGCCAGGAGAGCGGGUCUCCUGGGGGCCGGGACCGCCCCUGGCCUUAGAGAAGAUAAAGGCCAGUCAGCCCGGUCCCAGGUUGUGGGAGCAACGUCGUUGAAGAGCUGUUUCGGCCAGCAUCCAGUCCUGUUCCCCCAGAGUUCCUGUCCUUGCCCGGCUUCUCGCUGUGGACCCCGCUUCGCCCGAGGAGGACUGUCUGCCGACCCUCAACUCAGGUCCUGGACCUCGCCCCACGGUAACCUCCCCCCUGGACCAGCACAGGGGCUGACCCAUGGAGUUGUUUAUCUUUGGAGGGCAUUGCACAACAGAGUAAAAUGACUCCCAAUGCCCCCAGAUCCCAAGUGUUAUUCCUUGUUCUCGUCUGUGUUUUGUUUCAGUGCUCAUUGGCGUUGGCACAGACACACUGCUCCUGGGUCAGUUCAAGAGCCUGGCUGUCUACUUGCUGUGAGUAUGGCUGUCUGAUUUAGGGGAAAUAACGUGGAUUUGCGAGAGCGCCUAAAUAAGCUUGUGCUGGUCGAUGUAAGGACGUCUGCAAACCUGGGCCUGACUUCAUAUACCAUAUACAGAUGUCAGGGACCAUGCUGAGGAGGGCUGCACUGAGGGGGAAAGGUGGGAGCUUCCCCCUCCCCCUGCUCCUGCUCCUUCCCAGGAACAGGAGGACAGUAUAGAUUUGGAACAGUGGUUUGCAGAGGGGCAUAGUUCAGAAGGCAGAAGCUGGGGAAUACUGGAUGGGGAACCGUCAGCAGAAGCUACACUAGAAGAGAGAGAGUUAACAGAUUCACAGUCUCUGGACAGCAUUCAACCCCCUUCUCCAAGAACACGGAGAGCUCAGAAAGUGUUAGAACGGAAAGCGCAGAGGGUUCAAGCUCAGUUUACAAGACGUAGGAGUAACGUAGAUUAAUAGGGACAGAGAAGGGGAGUAACCCUUAAUUGGGAGCACUGCCAUCUCUUUGUUCUCUCACCGUGAUUAUUAAAGAUUCUAACUGGUAAGACGUUCCUUUCGUUUUAUCUUUUGUUUACUGCCACGGGGGAGGAAGUCGAUUCCCCGAAGCCUGACAACAGGAUGCCGAAUACUGCACUAUGGUCAUAUCAAGUGUCCUUUGAGGGCAACAGGGUUUCAGCAUCCUGUCAGGGGCCUGAAGCCUCCUUCCCAAAGCCUGGGAAGCUUCUGCCCAGCUUAGGGAGGGAGGCGGGAUGCUCGCACACGCGACAUCAGGACAUCACUCUCCCAAAUUGCCUUCGCAAGCUGUUCCCCUACGAAAAGUUUCACUGCACAACACUGCAUGUUCCCCUGUUCAUGGCCUAGGACCCUCGUACCUACGGGACCACCUCUCCCAGUAUGCCCCACGGAGAGCCUCAAGGUCCAUAAAUAGCAACACCCUAGUGGUCCCGGGCCCUAAGGAAGUUAGAUUGGCUUCAACCAGAGCCAGGGCCUUUUCAACACUGGCUCCAGCCUGGUGGAACGCUCUGCCUCAUGAGACCAGGGCCCUGCGGGAUCUGAUUUCUUUCCGCAGGGCCUGUAAGACAGAGUUGUUCCGCCUGGCCUUUGGCUUGGAGCCAGUUUGAUUCCCUCCCCCUCUUUCUUUUUUCUUUUCCUUUCUCCUCCUGUGAUGAGGCUGCAUUUUAAUAUUUUAAUGUUUCAAUAUUUUAAUCUUGUAUUUUAAUCUUGUUUUUAAGUUGUAUUCAUUCAACUUGUUUUUAUUAUUGCUUGUUAGCCGCCCUGAGCCUGGCCUUGGCUGGGGAGGGCGGGGUAUAAAUACUAAAUUAUUAUUAUUAUUAUUAUUAUUAUUAUUAUUACUGAGCGCUGCGGGGGGUUGCCAUUUGCUCUUUGUUCCUCGCCUGUUAACGAUUUCUUGUUCUUCAGUGUUUCAGGGGUAGCCGUGUCCCUGUGCGAAGCAGCAUACUUUGCCGGCCUUCUCUUGACCACUUGCUGCACGUGAGUGCUCCAUUGCGUUCCUUCCCCCAACCCUCCUUCCCUCCUACAAUUCAGCUUGGGGAAGCACGUCUGGGUUGAGCUGGACUCUGAGCUCUUUUUGAGAGUUCACCUUGAGGGUGACUGACGUUUUGCUUUAGCCAGCUUCUCAUCCUUCUACUUCCACUGUAGCCCCAAGACGGGAUCUGGGAUGCACACUUGUUGGAAGCACGCCAGACGUCGGGGGGCCUUCCAGAAGUUCCUGAUGUAUGUGUUGCUCUCGGUAGCCUGCUUCCUGCACCCUGUCAUAGUUUGGCACGUCACUAUCCCAGGUGAGAGGGUAACUGGGAAUCACCAGUAGAAUGGGGGUUUAAUUUUUAUUUUUUUGCAAAUACAGUAAAUAGUAGCUGUAAUCCAAAAAUUAUUUUAGGAUUCAAAAAAACAAUACAAAGGAGUCACCGAAAAGCAUGGAUGUUGCAAGCUGAUGAAUUAAAGCAGCUGCCUUAACUUCCAUGCCAUAUAAGCUGUGAUAUGGUGUACAAUGGUACCUCGGGUUACAUACACUUCGGGUUACAUAUGCUUCAGGUUACAGACUCCGCUAACCCAGAAAUAGUACCUCGGGUUAAGAACUUUGCUUCAGGAUGAGAACAGAAAUUGCGUGGUGGCAGCAGCGGGAGGCCCCAUUAGCUAAAGUGGUGCUUCAGGUUAAGAACAGUUCAGGUUAAGAACGGACCUCUGGAAUGAAUUAAGUACGUAACCAGAGGUACCACUGUACUGUACUGGUUUGAGUAUGGUAUGGUAUACUAGUAGGAACUGGAUAUGUUUAGCCUGGAAAAGAGGAGAUAUGAUAGCCAUCUUCAAAUAUCUCAAGGGCUGUCACAUGGAAGAUGGAGCAAGCUUGUUUUCUCUGGAGGGUCGGACUUGAAUCAAUGGCUUCAGGAUACAGGAUACUAAACAUCAGGAAAAACUUUCUGACAGUAAGAGCUGUUUGACAGUGGAACGGUCUCCCUUGGGAAGUGGUGGACUCUCCUUCCUUGGAGGUUUUUAAGCAGAGGUUGGAUGGCCAUCUGUCAUUGAUGGAUUGCAGGAAUCUCCUCUUACAAGAUAAAGAUUCCCAGCUCCUUCAACCAUUCUUCAUAAGGCUUCGUUUCCAGACCCUUGAUCAUCUUAGUUGCCCUCGUCUGCACACGUUCCAGCUUGUCAACAUCCUUCUUAAACUAUGGCGCUCAAAAUUGGACACAGGAUUCCAGGUGUGAUUUGACCAAGGCAUAAUAAUAAUAAUAAUAAUAAUAAUAAUAAUAAUAAUAUUUAUUUAUACCCCGCCCUCCCCAACCAAGGCCGGGCUUAGGGCGGCUAACAAGCAAUAAUAAAAACAAGCUGAAUGAAUACAACUUAAAAACAAGAUUAAAAUACAACAAUUAAAAUAUUGAAACAUUAAAAUAUUAAAAUGCAGCCUCAUCACAGGAGGAGAAAGGAAAAAGAAAAAAGAAAGAGGGGGAGGGAAUCAAACUGGCUCCAAGCCAAAGGCCAGACGGAACAACUCUGUCUUACAGGCCCUGCGGAAAGAAAUCAGAUCCUGCAGGACCCUGGUCUCAUGAGGCAGAGCAUUCCACCAGGAGGAAGCCAGUGUUGAAAAGGCCCUGGCUCUGGUUGAAGCUAAUCUAACUUCCUUAGGGCCCGGGACCACUAGGGUGUUGCUAUUUAUGGACCUUGAGGCUCUCCGUGGGGCAGACUGGAAGAGGCGGUCCCGUAGGUACGAGGGUCCUAGGCCGUGAAGGGCUUUAAAGGUCAAAACCAUCACCUUAAAUCUGACCCUGUACUCCACUUGGAGCCAGUGCAGCUGGAAAAGCCCUGGGUGAAUAUGCUCCCAUGUCACAAUAGAGUGGUACCAUUAUUUCCCUUGAUAUGGACUGAUGAAGCCUAGAAUAGCAUUAGCUUUUUUCUCCUCAAACUGUUGACUCAUGUUCAGCUUGAGGUCCACCAAGACCCCUAGACCUCUCUCUCUGUCUCUUUCCUUAUUCUCUCCAGGCACGAUGCUCGUGGUCACCGGCUUCACCUACUUCCUGCUCAGUAAGCAACAGAAAGAAACCAGAAGACCUGGAGAAGAGCAAUACACGGAUUCCCAAAGCGCAGCUGUAGCUAUGACGGAUGCAGGCGACACCGAGCAAACCUACACUUUCCCCAGGGGAGCACCUCAAGGGCAAUGCAACUCCCUUCUUGGGUUUCUGAGGAGCUUCUUCAAAAGCUGCAAGAAACUGGACACCGUUGAGGCCUCUUCGAGCUUGCCGCCCACAAGGAGGCAGGUGCACUUUGAAGAGAAGGUGGUGAACAUCAUUCUUUCUGUCAAAGAAAGCCCAGAAGAUCAGGAGAGCUUGGCUGAGGAAACCACAUCUGACAUGGCUCCCAUCCUUCCGCCCCAGUUGUGA